AUGGAAAGCCCGAGAAACAUCUCAGAAUUCAUUCUUCUAGGACUUUCACAUGACAAAAACAUACAAAUAUUUUGCUUUGUGCUCUUCUUAUUCUGUUAUGUUGCUCUGUUGGUAGGAAAUCUUCUGAUCCUCAUCUCCAUUCGAUGCAGCCCUCUUUUUCACCAACCCAUGUAUUAUUUCCUCAGCCACUUAUCCUGUAUGGACAUCUGCUACACCUCUAGCAUUACACCCAAAUUAAUUGCUGACCUACGAGGAGGGACAAAAACCAUCUCCUACAGUAAUCGCUACGUUGCCAUCUGCAAACCUCUCCACUACAUGCUUAUCAUGAACAAGACAAGGUGCAAUCUUCUCGUCUUGGCUGCUUGGGCUGGUGGGGCCCUCCAUUCUUUUCCUCAGUUUUCAAUGGCAAUCCAGUUGCCAUUUUGUGGACCUAAUGAAAUUGAUCACUAUUUUUGUGAUAUCUUCCCUUUGCUGAAAGUCGCCUGUACUGACACCUACAUCACUGGUGUUCUUGUCGUUGCCAAUUCAGGUAUGGUUGCCUUAGUGACCUUCGUUGUCUUAUUUGUUUCUUAUGUCAUUAUAUUGCUUAGUCUAAGACAUCACUCGGCUGAGGGAAGACACAAAGCCCUCUCCACCUGUGGGUCCCAUAUCACUGUGGUCAUCUUAUUUUUUGGCCCUUCUAUCUUUGCCUACCUUCGCCCUCCGACCACUUUCCCCGAGGACAAAGUAUUUGCUCUAUUUUAUACCAUCAUUGCUCCAAUGUUCAAUCCCUUAAUCUAUACUCUGAGAAAUACAGAGAUGAAAAACGCCAUGAGAAACGUUUGGUGUCAAACAUUAUUUUCAAUGAAAGCACACAAUUAA